UGGCAUUCAUGUGUCAGACACAAAGGAACACAAAAGAAAGAUGAAAAGAUCAUAACGUUGACAUCAAAGAGGAAGUCUACCCUUGAGUUUAGAUCUUUGUGACACACAAUGUGACGCUGGCAGUGGCAGAGGCAGUAAUCUUUAUUUCGUCAUUUCUGAAACAUAGGAAGCAAACAUAGUCACGGAAGCAAACCAAGAGCUCAGUCUUAAAUGAUUGCAUCUUAUGACCGGACGUUUUCUUGAAAGGGGAUGACAGCAUGGGAGGAAAUAACUCCACACCUAAACCCAACACUGAAAGACAAGACACUCUCCCCACAGCGGCCCCAGCAGCUAGCUCUGCACCCUGUCUCUCCAACUCCCGCAACAAAGAACAUUUAAUCCUUGCGUUUUGUGUUGGGGUUCUGUUGACGCUGCUGCUGAUGGCCUUUAUCUUCCUCAUCAUAAAGAGCUACAGAAAAUGUCACCCCAAGCCCCAAGCCCUGGAUCCUCACACAGAUCCUCCGGCCAUGCUGUCGUCCAUCCCAGAGGACUCACCUGUCUGUGCUAACAUGACCUUCAAACACUCAGAAGAAAAGAGCAAUCGCUUGGCUGAGAACCAUGCUGCAGACUUCGACCCCAUUGUCUAUGCUCAAAUUAAAGUAAAGAACUAACCCGGCUUUUCCAAUGAGGCUUGAAUCUACUUCCUCUCCUCUCAGCUCCAUCUUCACACAUCACUUUCCCUUUUUCACAAAUGUUGGACCAACACCUGUGUAAAACUGCAGUCGGAGUUGUUUAGGUGUGAUCUGGCAAUGCUGCCCUGGACAGAGAAAAGACUGAUGGCCCUCCCACUUGAACAGACAGCCUGUGAGGUCCUUGGGGGCAUAGACUGCCUUUCUUGUACCCUUCCAAAGUGUGUGGUACGGAGCUCAGUGAACAGAUAUUCACCCAGCAUGGUGAAUCAGCUUGGGAGGAGUCAACCAAAUGAACCAGGAAUUCCAAAUAAAAGCAAACCCCCCAUA